AUGAGCUGUGAUUUCGCUGCCGCAAUAGAUGCCGAACAUAUCUCAGAGGCCCUCUGUAAAAGUGACCAGUUCAAGAAAGUACAAAAUCUAGUGGAAGCGGAGCUCAGUUUGGAUAAAAUCAGUUCUAAUACCGGGAUCCGAAACCGUGCAAUGUGUGCAAAGCACUGCAUAAACGAAGGAUGUCUGUCAUUCUCGUACACCGAGGUCAACAAAAAGUGUGACACCUACUCUCGCUUUAUUGUCGAAAAGAAGGAUGCUGACGUAUUUCUCAAAGGCCCUCCACCUCUUUGUUGCGAGUUCGAAACCCGCGUUGACCAGUUGCCUAAUACAGAAUCGUCCGGUGUCUACGACUUCAUUACAACAGAAGGAGAAAAUCUCAAGGUGUUCUAUGACACGGACACUGAAGAUGGACCAUGGAUCGUGAUACAGAGACGAACAAAUGGAGAUGUUGAUUUCUAUCGUAACUGGGAAGACUACAAGAACGGUUUUGGGAAUAUACAGUACUCGACAUUCCAUGUGGCAAAUGAAGCUCAGAAUUACAGGCUGUCUGUGCAGGGGUUCUCUGGAAACAUUUCCUAUGAUGCCUUGUCCGCUCAUGAUGGUUACGACUUCACGACCUUUGACAGAGACAACGACGACCAAAUAGGAGAAAACUGUGCCCAUACAUACCUUGGUGCCUGGUGGUAUUCCAACUGUUUUUUUUUUCCAAUCUUAACGGCCGUUAUGUUACAGACAAUGGUAAUAUUGAUACCAAAGCAUUGGUGUGGCGGUACUUUCCUGACCCGGAGUCGAUAGCUACACCAUUGAAGAAAUCAAAGAUGAUGAUCCGAUAGAUGUACACACCAUAGAACAAACAAACACAAAUACCAUACUGUUAUUAUCAUUCAUCAUACAACACAGACAUAAUACUGUUAUUACUAUACAUCAUACAUACAGAAAUAUAAUACUGUUAUUAUCACUCAUCAUACACAAAUAUAAAACUGUUAUUACCAAACAUCAUAAACAAAUACUAUGCUGCCAUUACCAUACAUCAUACAUGCACUAAUAGAAGAAUGUUAUAAUCAUACAUCAUGGAACACAAAUAUGAUACUGUUACUAGUAUACAUCAUACAUCACAAAUAUAAUACUUUCAUUACCAUACAUCAUACAUCACAAAUAUAAUACCGUUAUUAUCAUACAUCAUCCACACACAAAUAUAUUAGUGUUAAUAUCAUACAUCAUAAAUACACAAAUAUAAAACUGUUAUUAUCACUCACCAUGCAUAUACAAAUAUAAUACUGUUAUUAUCAUACAAAAACAAAAUAUAAUACCGUUAUUAUCAUACGUCAUAC